GAAGCGCCGUCGUAGUACGCCUAUAAAGACUCUCUUCUCGUCUGCCACGGUAUCUCUCUAAGUCUCCCGCUCUAAACAUCUUUAUGAUAUCUCACUCUAAGCACUCCUCAAUCACGUUUUGACAAUGUCAGAUUAUACAGGCCCUCCGAGCGAUGCUUAUGAUUCUGACGGGUCCGAUUUCGAAGAUUUUCAGGACAACGACUCCGAUUACGAUGUUCCUGUCGCAAAAGACAAAGGAAAAGAGAAAGUAAAUGACGUCGAACAUCGUAGCCUCUCCGCUGUAUGUCUGCAACAGACGUUAGACGAUGACAUACGCCGUGUGGCAAGUGUCACCGGUCUAGAGCACCCUAUUGUGUCUAUCCUACUACAGCACUUUCGAUGGAAUGAAGACCGCCUUUUCCAGAGGUUCAUGGACUCGCCCUCCUCUGCCCUUCAAGAAGCUGGCGAGCCUAAGGAUGAACUGACCAUCAGUCGUCCCGCGAAGCGUGUCAAACUGACUCCGGAGUUAUUUUCUUGUGGAAUCUGUUGCGAUGAGCCUGAUCCGUCCGAGGUUUCCAAGUUACGCUGUGGCCACUCGUUCUGUUCCAACUGUUGGCAGACUUACAUCCGUUCAAAAGUGAUUGAAGAUGGACAGGUUCUUUUCGGAUGUAUGGAAGAUAGUUGUCGGACAGCAGUUGAUGAAUCGUUCCUUGCCAAACAUGCGGAUACUGCAUGCCAAGAUAGAUACAAGGAACUACUCAGACGCGACUAUGUCGCUGCAAACCCCAACCUACGAUACUGCCCUUACCCCUCUUGUACAGAGACGGUCUUCUGCACUGGAGGACGUGCUUCUUCACUCGUUGUGGAAGUCCCGACGGUCACCUGCGGCAAUGGACACUCGUUCUGUUUCGGAUGUGGUAUGGAUAGUGACCAUCGGCCGUGCAUUUGCAAGUACGUCAAUUUAUGGUUGAAGGGCGCCCGCGAGGAUUCAGGGACUGCUCAAUGGAUGAAGGCGAACACCCGCGAAUGUCCCAAGUGUCACCAUAAUAUUGAAAAAGCCGGUGGUUGCAACCGAAUUGUUUGUAGGUUUUGUCGAUUUCAAUUCUGCUGGUUGUGUCUCAAGGAUUGGGAUGUCCAUGGAUACAAUGGAAACGAGAAUUGCACCGCAUGGAAGGAGCUGGAACCCGACGAUGACGCGACUGCGGCUCAACAGCUGCUGAAGAAGUUCUUGUUCUACUUCGAUCGAUUCAAUAAUCACGAACUUUCGGCUAAGCUUGAUCAACAGCUUUGUGAACAGACUGAAGAGCGGAUGCUGAGAGUGCAGGAAACUGGGCAACUAUCUUGGAUCGAGUCGAAAUUCAUGAAACAAGCUGUGGACGAACUCACCAAAUGCCGGGUGUCUCUGAAAUGGUCAUAUGCCAUGGCGUAUUACCUUGCACCAGGCAAUCACAAAGAGAUCUUCGAGGACUUACAGGCCAACCUCGAGGCAGCUGUUGAAGAGCUGUCUCAGAUGCUUGAGGAGGAGAUCGAAGAGGAUACUGUGAAGAGCCUCCGACAGCGUAUGAUGGAUAAGACUAUCUACGUGCACCUCAGACAUGACAUUUUGCUCCGUGACACUGCAGCAGGUCUGCUUGAAGGUCGCUGGGAAUGGGUCGACAAGUCACAAUAGACAGUCGAUCUAUACUCGAGGUUGUUAGCACUCUCUUUUCAAUGGAGCGAUACCUGUAGUCUUUCAAUGGCUGUUCAAUACACAAGAGAGGUGGUUAAUGAUACUGUGUUAAAUCUAUAAUGUCUUACAAUUCGGAUUAGAGAAACAUAAUACACUACAGAUGCGCAUGGAAGUUAGGUACAGGGUUGAAAAAGUCCAGAGUCGAUGUUGCCCAAGUUCACUGUCUUGACACUAAAUGGGCGACGUGUAGACACGACAUCUCUAAAUUUUGAACCCAUAACUGCGCAUGCAGGCAAUGUGUUUCUGGACGACC